CAGCGUCACAGCGGAGGAAGAGGAGCAGCGUCACUAAACUUCAACACUGUCCUGAAGAUAUAUAAGUAUAUAAAUAUACAUAAUAGGAAUAACCUGCGGCAGCGUCAUGUCUUUACCUUUUCUACCUGGAAGCUCAACCAACAGAAACCUCGGGAAGGAGCGAUUCCACAAGUCCCAACAUUUCGACUAUUCAAAUGGAGUCCCCAUGCUGGUGGGAUCCGAGAAGCCAGGCAUCGGAGGAGAGCUGUUGGUCGGCCAGAAGAUCAAACCAAAAUAUUCUGUCUACCCCAAAGGACAAGGCAGUGAUGUAGCAUCAUGGGUGGCCUUUGACAAACAGGUUUUGUGUUUUGAAGCUUUCUGUGAAGAGGCUGCACACGGGCCGCAGGAAGAGAUGACGAGAAUCAGAAAGUGUAAAAUCUACUUCUACCUGGAGGACGACACCAUACAGGUUGUGGAGCCACACUUAAAGAACAGCGCCCUGCUUCAAGGAACUCUUAUUCGCCGUCACCGUAUCCCACUGCCUCCUCCAGACGACGAGCAGUUCUACAACGUUUUCCACUUCAACCUCAACCAACAGAUGGUGCUCUACUCACGCACGUUCACUGUGACCAGCUGUGACUCUUUCACCAGGAACUUUCUAACAAAACUUGGGGUGAUCCUGAAUGAGCCUGCGACUGUGCCCGAUGACCCCUACAGCAAACUACGGGAACAGAUCCAGAAGAAUAUGAAUCCACUCCGGCCGUACGAGAGGCGUGACACACUGAAGCAGUUCCUGGACCACGACGGCCAAGUCCUGCGCUUCUACUGCGUCUGGGACGACACAGAGAGCGUGUUCGGGGACCCACAGGAGUUCACACUGCACUACUUCCUGGCUGACGACACCAUAGAGAUCCGGGCGGUUGCUGCCCCGAACUCUGGCAGAGAUGCCACGUCCAAAUUCCUGCGCCGCUGCAAGCUGCCGAAGAAUGGUCCGGCCCAGUUGAAGCUGCCUGGACAGUCCACGGACCGAACAAUGCUCAAUGUCUUUGACUCCAAGAGUCAAGGAAAACGCUACAUCCUGGACAGCAUCAAACCCGGAGCUGUGCAUGAGGAGUUCUAUAAGGACUGUGAUCUGACUGUUGGUGGGGAGGUGAAUGUGUUUGGUAGGAGAGUCCUCAUCGCCGACUGUGACGACUUCACCAAAGACUACUACCGCUCCAAAUACGGCAUCGGUAACCAUGACAACAUUACUCAUAAAUACAUGCUCUGUUUCUUUAACGCAUCUCUUCCAAU